CUCCGUUUGUAGCUCAUGGUCAACUAAAGGGAUAGUACCAGACUUCACAAGGUAUUAUAUGAGGUAUUCUAAAGACACACUUGCACAACUAAACUUAUUAGCUGAUAAUUGUAGAGAUAAGUUUUUGUGAUGGGUCACCUUUACUACUACCGUCUUUAUGAGCUUAUCAAGUCUGUUCCACUAUAGUGGAAACAGCCUUCUCAAAAACUACAAGUCCCCUCUAAUAACCGUAAAUUUAUAAUGUAUUCCCCCAUAUUUUUAUUAGGACGGUUAAGGCCAGUAUUGUCUGCAUUUGUUCACGUGGGAAAUAAUGUGCAAAAUAAUGAGUUUUAAUAAUUUAUCCCAUAUAGUUUACCCUCGUGGCCAAAAUCUUUAGCCCGAUCAAACAUUCUCUGAGAUUUUUCUCCAGAGUAGCCGUAAUCACACCGUCAAUUAAGAGAAUGUGAUCUUACUGGAUCUUGAUACCUUAGUCAUCCUAGGGAUUGUAGUCACUUCUCAAACAGUUACUAACCUUUAGACUUCGUAUAUUUCUGUAAGCCUUUUUGACAGACAGUAAAAGUAAAGAUACGUGCGGCGUGUUUCACCGGAUUAACUCAGCUAGAAAUAUUAACUGAUACAGUGGUAGUAUGAGAAAUAGUGCACUAGUCAAAGUCAUUCGACCAACCUAUAAUGGCGGAAUUCAUCUAUGGAAAUGUUGGCUCCCCAGUCGUAAUCCACGUGAAAUUUGCAAAUCAUUGUUGGCAUUUGUGUGACGACUCAAAACCGGUCCUAGAAGUGUCCACGUACUUUCAUCUCCUGUUGAAUCAUAUACGCCAUUCGGUUCCGUUCUCAGUUUUAACCUAAUUUUUGUCGUGCAUUUAGCAUCAGUGUCUCCACGCUGUCCCUAGACUUGCCAACGUAUUUUCUUUGUAGUGGCAUCCAUCGUGGAAACUAGAACAAAAAUCCAUGUUUAUUAUCUGUGAAUAUAUACGGUACCGAGUACUCCGUGUUUAUUUUCUCUCUCCACUCGGUCAACUUAUUUGGUACUUAUUUAUUUAUUUACUUAUUUACUUACUUACUUACUUACUUACUUACUUACUUACUUACUUACUUACUUACUUACUUACUUACUUACUCACGCCUGUUACUCCUCGUGAAGGAGCAUAGGCCACUCACCAGCAUUCUCCAUCCAACCCUGUCCUGGGCAAUCCUUUCUAGCUCCUUCCAGUUGUAAUCCAUCGUUUUCAUAUCUGCUUCUAUUAUCCGACGCAAUGUGUUCUUUGGUCUUCCUCUUUUUCGCUUCCCUUCAGGAUUCCAAGUUAGGGCUUGCCUCGUGAUGCAGUUUGAUGAUUUGCGUAAUGUAUGUCCUAUCCAUUUCCAUCGUCUUUUCCUAAUUUCUUCUUCAGCUGGAAGUUGGUUUGUUCUCUCCCACAGAAGGCUGUUGCUGAUGGUAUCCGGCCAAUGGAUGUUGAAUAUCUUGCAUAGACAGCUAUUUAUAAAUACUUCUACCUUCCUGAUGAUGGUUGUUGUAGUUCUCCAAGUUUCAGCUCCAUACAGCAGAACUGCCUUGACGUUCGUAUUGAAGAUUCUCACUUUGAUAUUGGUUGAAAGUUGUUUUGAGUUCCAUAUGUUCUUCAAUUGUAGGAAUGCGACCCUUGCUUUGCCGAUCCUCGCCUUUACGUCUGCAUCUGAACCCCCUUGUUCAUCGAUGAUGCUUCCCAGGUGUGUGAAGGAUUCUAUAUCUUCCAGAGUUUCGCCAUCAAGAGUGAUUGGAUUGCUGUUUUCCGCUUUGAAUUUGAGUACCUUGGUUUUCCCUUUGUGUAUACUGAGGCCUACUGAUGCUGGGACUGCUGCUACACUGGCUGUCUUUAUCUACAUUUGUUCGUGUGUUUGCGAUAAGAGGGCUAAGACAUCUGCGAAGUCCAAAUCGUCUAAUUGAUUCUGAGCUGUCCAUUGUAUUCCGUGUUUUCCUUCAGAUGUCGAGGUCUUCAUAAUCCAAUCGACCACCAGAAGAAAGAGGAAGGGAGAGAGUAAACAGCCUUGUCUGACUCCGGUCCUUACUUGGAAUGCAUCUAUCAGCUGUCCUCCAUGCACUACUUUGCACUGUAGUCCGUCGUAUGAGUUCCGGAUAAUAUUGACAGUCUUCUCAGGAACUCCGUAGUGACGAAGAAGUUUCCAUAAUGUCCUCCUAUCUACACUGUCGAAUGCCUUUUCAUAAUCAAUGAAGUUGAUGUAUAGUGAUGAGUUCCACUCAACUGAUUGUUCGACGAUGAUCCGUAGUGUUGCAAUUUGGUCUGUGCACGACCGAUCCUUACGGAAUCCAGCUUUUUGAUCCCGAAGUUGGGCGUCUACUGCAUCCUUAAUCCGGUUCAGCAACACUCUGUUGAAGACUUUCCCUGGUAUUGACAGUAGUGUAAUGCCUCUGUAGUUUUCACAUUUGCUCAGAUCUCCUUUCUCUGGAAUCUUGACGAGGUGUCCUUCUUUCCAGUCCAUCGGCACUUGUUCCUCCUCCCAAAUCUUUUUGAAUAGAAGGUAAAGCAUGCUUGUGGUUGCUUCGAUGUCUGAUUUCAGUGCUUCAGAUGGUAUGUUGUCGGGUCCUGCUGCUUUCCCGUUCUUGAUUUGUCUGACGGCCAUUCUAAUUUCUUCCGUCGUUGGUGGGUUGACAUCUAUAGGAAGAUCUAUGUGUGCUGCUUCGAUGUCCGGUGGAUUCAUUGGAGCCGGCCUAUUCAGGAGUUCCUCGAAGUAUUCUACCCAUCUGUUACGCUGUUGUUGAAUUUCGGUGAUUGGCUUGCCUUCUUUGUCUUUGACCGGUCUCUCUGGUUUACUGUAUUUCCCUGCUAGUUUCUUCGUUGUAUCGUGAAGCUGUUUCAUAUUUCCUUCUCUAGCAGCUUUUUCUGCCGCCGUUACUAGUUCUUCCACGUAUUUAUUCUUGUCGGCUCUAAUGCUCCUCUUCACUUGUUUGUUUGCUUCUAUGUAUUCAGCUUGUGCUUGGACUUUCUCUGCUCGUGUUCGGCUGUUGUUUAUUGCUGCCUUCUUGUUCUUCCUUUCUUUGAUCUUGUCCAGUGUUUCUGUAGAGAUCCAUUCCUUAUGAUGGUAUUUCUUUAGACCCAGAACCUCUUGACACGUUGAAGUUAAUGCUUCCUUGAUGCCUUUCCAGUUGUCCUCCAUACUAGUUUCUUCUUCUUUCAGUAGAUCUUGUAAGGCUUGGAACCUGUUGUUGAGAGCUAUCUUGAAUUCAUUGAGUUUGUCAGUAUCUCGAAGGAAGGCUGUAUUGAACCUUUGUAGUGCUGUUUGUCCACUUGUCCAGUUCUUUUCUAGCUUCAGUUUUAAAUUGGCUACAACUAGGUGGUGAUAUGAAGCUACGUCAGCACCUCUCCUGGUUCUCACAUCUUCAAUUGUCCUUCGGAAUUUUUUGUUGAUGCAAAUAUGAUCUAUUUGGUUCUCUGUAGUGUGGUCCGGUAAGAUCCAUGUAGCCUUGUGUAUACGCUUGUGUGGAAAUGUUGUGCCUCCUAUGACCAAUUUGUUGAAUGCACACAAAUUUGCAAAUCUUUCUCCAUUUUCGUUCCUCUCUCCCAGUCCAUGUCGUCCCAUAAUAUCUUCAUAUCCAGUGUUGUCUAUUCCGACUUUGGCAUUUAGAUCUCCCAUCAGAAUAGUUAGGUCCUUUCUUGGGCAUUUCUCAAUGAUUGACUGCAGCCGCUCGUAGAACUGAUCUUUAAUGUCGUCGUUGCUAUCAUUGGUGGGUGCAUAACAUUGGAUAAUAUUCAUUAAGAUCCCCUCCUUCUUUGUUUUGAAUGAUGCUUUGAUGAUUCUGGAUCCGUGAGAUUCACAUCCUACAAGUGCAUUUCGUGCUACUUUGAACAGCAUAAGAGCGACUCCCUGAGUGUGUGGAGCAUUGUCCUCUUCGUGACCGGAGUAUAACAGCAUCUCUCCCGUAGCUAGCCUUUUCUGUCCAGCUUGGGUCCAGUGGGUUUCGCUGAUUCCCAGUACUGCUAAGUUGUAUCUCCUCAUUUCCAUUACUAUUUGACUGGUCUUUCCGGUUUCCCACAUUGUUCAAACGUUCCAUGUACCUAUAAAAAUUUUUGCUCUGGUUGUUAGAAGGGGCAUCGGCCUCGUGGCUUCCAAAGGAACUCGGCUUUCACCAUGAAGCGUCAUAUUUCUUCUAAAUGAAGACCUUCUAAAUCUCAGGGCAGAGUUAAAAUGGUUUAGAUUAUUUUUUCUGGUAAGCGUUUUUUAGCGAGUUAGUUUUCUACGGGAUGGAGACGCUAACCCCAUGCCCAACCCUCCUCCUUUACCCCGGCUUGGGACCGGUAGUAACCCUAUAAGAGCUACAGGCGGAGUUAACUUAUUUGGUGGACAGGAUUUAUUGUUGAUGAGGACUUUAUUGAAUCUGACCUUCACGAAGUUCACAAAAGAUACUGCCUUUCCCAUACUCUCCAAGACCUGCGUCUUAGAAUAAGCUGGUACUUCGGUUAUUCAAGAUACUUCGACCUUGUACUCUAAGUAUUCUGAAUUAGACAUAUUUCUACUGGGUCAUUAUGUAUGGUACUUUUUCACCUCAGAUCGUACUACUCAGACGACUACACAUUCAGAAUAAACCUACCUUCUUAUAAUGACCCAACUUUGGGCUUAUAAUUUGGUGACCGGUUGCCGAUCACUUCAUGUUUCUUUACCUCACAACGCCAUGUCAUAUACGAAGGAACCGAAACCACUCCCUUGGAGUGAUGAUAAAAAUCCACUGGGAUGGGCUAAACGUCUAUUCCGAAUGCAAGAAUCUCAACAAUUGCUCAACCAAUCGAAGGAACCUCCUUUACUGCAUAUGAUCUCUCGGCUAAAGCCUAUGAAGGGAGUCAUUCACUACCAGAGAGCCAUCCUUGAAAAAUAUGGUCUUGGAAAGGACACAAAAAAUCACAACUGGGUAGUCGUUAAAAAUACUCCAUCAGUCAACCGAGAUUUAUACGAGAUAAAACAUCUUAUUCGGAUACAGCCUGUUAUUUUCGAGAACGGGUUACCAACUGAAUCUGAUUUACUUGCCUGUAGACUGCUUCCAGAUGGCAGAUUUUUCAGACAUCGGGGUCUUUCUGUUGAUUCUCAGUUAUUGGAUUCUUCAGAACCGAACCAAACAAACCUAUCGGUAUACAAUCCUAAUCAACCUUAUGAUUUAAAAGUUAGUUUCGUCAAUUGUUUCCUCCUUAGUUCACUCAGUGGUACAGUAAGUAUUUAUCACUUAACUCUACAUCUUCGAAAUGCAAAGCUGUGUGAAGAGUGACCUAGUUACGCAAAGGACGUAUAACGAAGUAUAUGUCUUACACUUUGAAAAAUUAACGUAUACUCGUUUGCCUAUGACGGGUUUGUGUACUCAGUCUUGAGCCACAUCUGUAUUAUGUGAACUAAUAAUAAUACACAGCAGCCCGAAAUGCUGUGGAGCGUGUUCGAAUCUCCAUUUCAGAAGUGGAAAACUAAAUUCUUUAACUACUAAACCUAUUUGUUGACUAAAUGCUUAUAUCAGGAUAUUUAUUUAUUUUAACACAUAGAUAUUGGUACAAGGAGGCACCAAAUACAUAUGCGCCACACAAAUCUCAUUCGACAUGUGUGAGGGCUGUGAUACUGACCGGGUGCACAAACCGAAGCAGGUGGUUUUCUUAGGGGGCCACUCCCCGAGCCUUCGACCUGAAGGUCUGACCCACAAGGCAGUGGAGCAUCGUGAGGAGAUGCAGUCCCAUGGAUGCUGGUGAUCAACAAUUGGUUCAUACGCCAUUUGUUCCCUCAGGAUACUGGAGCCCAUGUGCACCGUUGAUUUGGAAUCCGGUUAAAGCACCGGACAUUCGCUUUUCGUCCUCUC